AUGCACGGAUUAUGUUCCUAUCACUUACUAAAGAACUUGAAAUCUUCUUUUGGUGGGAAAAAAAGGGAAAAGAAUAUUGCAGAACAUUUCAAUAGGGCUGUAAGAGCAUAUUCUAAGACUGAUUUUGAGUUCCAUAUGAAACAACUUGAUGAAAUCAAUACAGGGAUUCGAUCACAUUUGAAAGAUAUUGGUUAUGAGAAAUGGUCGAGGGCUUACAUGACUAACAAUAGAUUUUUUACAAUGACUUCAAACAUAAUUGAAUCGUAUAUAAAUGAUGCACGAACAACCUUCGCAAUACUUGUCACCAAGCAAGAGAAAAUACUGAGAGAAAAUUCUAUGGAGUCAAAGAAAAUGAAGGUAUCAACUUCAAGUUCAAUAUUAUACCAAAUUAAUGAUGGUUGUGCCUCAUAUUUGGUGAACAUGAAAGAAAGAACAUGCAUAUGCAACCAAUUCCAAGUAGACAGUAUUUCAUGUGCACAUGCACUUGCAGUUAUUACAAAGAUAAAGGAGGAUUCAUAUUUGUAUUCAUAUUGUUCGGUAUUUUAUACAACAAAUAUGUAUAUUCAAACAUAUAGUGCAUCAAUUUUUCCACUAGGAGAUCAUAAUGAGUGGAAUGUGCCAGAUGAGGCAACUGAAAGCAUUAAACAAGAACAAUACCAAUCAAUUCUGGAAAAUUAA